AUGGCAGUUAUAAAUGGACGAUGUCGGAACCCAUCGUUAUUGACGAAUUCAACGAAUGUGCUGAGACAGAAUCAUUCUGCGUCCAGCUUGUAUACGAGUUUCUUGUAUGUUACAACUUUAGCAAAACAGUUAACGUAUUCAUCGAGGAAAUCCAGAGCAGCAGUUACUCACUUCCUGAAAAGCGACCCUAUAGAAAAGACAGAAUCAAAAGAGGUGAUGCUCUGGAGAUGAUAUCGUGUGUAAAUACUGGAAACCACUUACAUUUCUUUAAGAAUUGGACUGAUCUUAUUCCAAGAAAUAUCAGAGAUUCGAGAGAAUACGAAAACAUAACAGUUUUGUUGCAUGCAUACUUCGCCACUUUACCUAUGAGAGAGAAUUUAACAAAAAAGGAUCAUAUCACUGUGGAACCUUCAAAACAGAAAAAUAUUGAAAAUGUUAACUUCGAAGUUACUUAUGAUAGUAAUAAUAAAACAUAUCCUCAAUCUACUAAAUUCAAAACUGCAGAACUAAUAGACGAUAUUAAAAUCUUGGAAGUAGAUGAAUCGGAAAUACUAACGGAAAACAAUGCAUCAGAUACAGAAAAUGUAAAUACUGAAUUUAAAAUUGAAGAAGGUAAAAAAAGUUUAGGAGAAAAAGAUAUUGUUAAUAUGGAAGAAGAUGUUAUAAAGGAAAAUGAAAUAGAAAAUAGCAAAGAAGGAAAAUUUGAUAAUAAUCCAGAAAAAGUUAAUGCAGAAGAAGAAGCAGUAAUAAAAGAAAAAGAAUUCGGAAAUUUAGAAAAGGAAAAAAUAAAAAUAGAUAAUUUGAUAAAAAAUGUUGAUGAAAACGAUAUUAUUAAAGAGAAAGAAAUAGAAAAUGUUGAGGAAGAGAAAUUAUUUAAUGAAAAAGAAAUUAGAAGCACUGAAAAGGAAAAAAUAAAGCCAUUUGAUACAAUUAAUGAUGAUAAUGAAAAAGAGAAAAAAAUAAACAAUCCUACAGCUAUGGAAAUGUUUAAAAAUUAUCUGUUAGAAAAUAAAUAUAGGUUUAGUUCAGAAACCGAAUACCUGCCUCUAUUUGCUCUACCUUUUAUAGAAAAUCCAAAAGAACAUCUGGCCUACUCUGAAGUUUUUAAGGAAAAGUGGGUAAGAGAUUUGAAGAGUUCCUUGAAAUCAUUUUUGAUCAAGUACAGUUGCGGUGAGACGGUGGUACCGGAGAUAGUCAACAUGUGUAACGAGAAGCGAAAAACUGCUGCCUCUCUGAAGAAGUACGAAGCAAAUGCCGAAGACUCGAUGAAACGCUAUCAUGAAACUAAAUCAAAACUCCACAAGCUGAAGAGGGACCACAAACAGUUAGUCGGUGUAGCUACCGAACUCGCAACAGCAUUGGAGAACUCUGUGAGGGGGCAAGCAGUGGACUUGAACACAACGCUGCUCAAGUGUGCUUCCAUAUUUCCUGACGUUUUCCCACACACCUUCACUGCCUCCAACGAAGGCUUGAAAGAAUUGUCUGACAAGAAAACGCUUCAGUUUAGUCCAUUGCAGUUGGACAUCAAGAAAAUCAAAGAAGAUUUGUCCAGUAGCAGUAUGAAGACCAAACUUCUCCUACUUCAGGCUUUGAGAUGGUACAUUUGCAGCCUGGCAAGCGAUGACCGACCUCAGGUUGUUUAUUGGCUGAGGAGCGAAGAUGUGUUGGGCCUGUCCGGAGGACUAACUUACCAAUGGCUCCAAUCCCCAGCCCAUCCACUCCAGCAAGCUUUGGCUCGGUGGUUAAACCUCCUCUGCAGCCUGCACAGUGGAAGGAGCUAUGUAGAGUCUACCGCUACCACACUUCUGCCUCUUGUAAUAAGAGCGGUUUGUCGCCCAGAGCAAGAUCCUGUCACUAGGGACAUGCUUCUGGCCUGUCUGCAGAAGUUAAGUCUCAGGAAGGAGCUGUGCGAGACAAUGGUAGAGGAAGGACUCCUGGAGUGGUUGGGCCAACAGCUGUCAUCGAUGACCAAUGACUACUCUCUUCAAUACUGUACGUCACUGUUCAUGAACCUGUCAUUUGUGGCACCUUUGUCCUUCUGGGACACGAGGCCACACCUGGUUCUUCCAGGUCUAAUUAGCCUACUCAAAUCAUCGAAUGAACAGAUCCAACAAUUUGUUUGUGGCUCGUUGUACUGUCUCCUGCGCAGUGAUAAACUAAACAUCUUUGCCAGGUCAAUCAACCUCUCGGCAGAAUUACUAGCGUUGUCUUUGGGCCCCCUUAAAAGACAAGUGGAAGCUUUGAUGAGACUUCACCAGAGGGUCCAUGGCCCGUCCGCAGCACAAAUCACCUCCCAGUGUACAGAAAGAGAAAUUGAUGAUCCAGAAGAAAUAGAACCAGAGAUUAACAGUAAUGAUCUUGUUAAAGGCACACCAUCUGGUGAAGAACUUCUGUUUCAAAAGUACAGCGUCGUUUUUACUGCACCAUGUAUAGUGGACAGAGAACAAGAGAGGCAGAAAGUCAGGAGUAAUUCUAAUUUGCCAGCUUGGGCUCAGUAA